UAUAGACGCGCGAAAUCACUGCAGUGCAAUCAAAAAGGCGCGCAAGGUGAAUAGUAAAGUGAGUAAUGAAAAUUGAAAGCGUUCGAACUUUUGCAAAUGUAGUUUCAAAUUGCGAGUUUCUCCUUUGCUGUAUUUGCAUACGACGUUAGUGCCAGAACCAGCUAAUCGAAAGCAAUAUAAACUAACGUCUCAUUUCCUUUUCGAAAAGCAGAGCUAAGCAAAACAAACCGACUAAUGAUUGUGUAGGUUAUAUACCUGUUGCGAUAAUUGUACAAAUUAUUAGUCAAUCAGAUUGAAAUUUUGUUUUGUCUAAAAUGGAUUCAUCUUCACGCGAAUCAUCAGUGGAAUUGGAAAUUAUAGAGGACGAGUUGCUCGACGAAGUGUUGUGUAUGAACAAUAAAGAAAUUGUCGAAUCUAAGCAAAAUGACACAAAGAAGGAGGGCGUCGUAGAGAACAAUCCUUGGUACGAGGAUGAGGAAGACACAGACGUUUACAAGAAGAACUAUGAAAAUUCGAAUGCACGUGUCGAUGUUCGAACGGAAUCUAAAGAGGGACUAAACAAUAUCAAAUGCACAGAGCACAAAGAUAAUAUGAACAGACCAGAUAAAUUGCAUACUUGGCGCAAGAGGACGAGGCAAGAUAAUACAGAUCAUGAGCAUACUAAGAUUUCUCGUAACAGACGCUACUCCAGUGACUCCAGUACAACCACUAAUUCAUCAGAAAAUGAUAAAAGACAUGUAGAGUAUGAAACAGAUCCAGUUGUGCUAGCACGUAGACAAAAAGAAAUUGAUUAUGGAAAAAACACUAAUGGAUAUGACAGAUAUAUUAAGCUAGUUCCAAAAGAGAAACGUACACGAGAGCAUCCAAGAACACCACCAAAAUAUAUAAAAUAUAGCAGAAGGGGUUGGGAUGGUAUGAUGAGGUUGUGGCGGAAGCAACUUCAUUCUUGGGAUCCUCCUCAGGAGAAUGACAAGGUUGACAAAUAGACUAAAGUCAUUUUGUCAUUCCGUUUAUAAUACUG